UUGACGACGAGGGGCGGUAGGGGCUGAGGCAGCGGCCGCUCUGUGAGGAGCCCGCUGUUGAGGGGAACAUUCUUGACGGGCUUUGGCGGCCCAGGGUGUCCCGUCAGUGCCGGUCAGUGCCGGUCAGUGCCGGUCAGUGCCGGUCAGUGCCGGCGCGGAGAAGAGGCGGUGGCGGGAGUUCGCGGGGGCGACUGAGCGUGUUUGAGUCGGGACCGGGAUCAGAGGCGCGCCCUCCACCCUCAGAAAUGAGACGCAGGGCGUCCCCCUCAUCUCUCAGAACCUCCCCGUCCCCGCCGCGCAGGAAGGUGCUUGCCCUGCCUGGCACAACCGCAGCCAGUAAUGACGUGAAGAGCCUUUUUGAGUGUCAGGAAUGCUGUGGCUUUGUGUUACCGCCCAUUCCUCAGUGUGAGAAUGGCCAUCUUGUUUGUCGCAGCUGUCGCCCAAAGCUCACGCGUUGUCCAAUCUGCAAAGGCCAGUUGGGAUCCAUUCGCAACUUGGCUCUGGAGAAAGUGGCCGAUACCAUGCUUUUCCCUUGUAAAUACACCUCUUGUGGGUGUGAGAAAACCCUGCGACACACUGAAAAAGCAGACCAUGAAGAGAUAUGUAAGUUUAGGCCUUAUCCGUGCCCUUGCCCUGGUACGUGCUGUAAAUGGAGAGGCGCUUUGCACGCUAUAUCGCCCCAUCUGAUGCAGCACCAUGAGUCCGUUACAACCAUAGAGGGAGCGGAUGUCGUCUUCCUCGCAACGAACAUUAAUAUUCCCGGUCCUAUUGACUGGGUGAUGCUGCAGCACUGUUUCGGCUUUCACUUCAUGCUAGUUUUGGAAAAACAGGAAAUCCAUGAGGGUCACCAGCAGUUCUUUGCGAUCGCACAGCUGCUAGGAACACGCAAGCAAGCUGAAAAUUUUGCUUAUCGGUUUCAACUAACUAGUGAGACCAGGCGGUUGACUUGGGAAGGGACUCCGAGAUCGAUUGAUGAGAGAAUUGCAGCAGCCAUUGUGAAGAGCGACUGCUUCGUCUUUGAGACCAACACGGCAGAAUUUUUUGCAGAAGAUAACAAUUUGAGCAUCAGCGUAACUAUUUUCAUGUAUUAAAAGGACAAUCAAACAUUUUCUGGACAGUGUUGAAAACCGCUGUGUUGAGUUUCACAUAGAAUAAGGCCCUCAUCUGCCUGCCAGCCUUAAACUUUCGGUGGGUGGAAGGUAGACACCUGAAGAUGAAUAAAAGCAAAGGCUGUUAAAUAUACGAAACAGUUGCUUGUAGUAACUCUAAUAUAUUUAAAAAUAAGUUAAUAGUAAACUGUUGAAAUAAAUCUGUUUUUGCACCCAA